UGUCCCAGUGACGGAGGCCGAGAGUUUCAGUUAGAGUUUGGUUGCAUUACAGUUGACUUGUUUGAUAUAUCAACGGGAGUAAUUGCAUCAUUAUUUUCCCUGUAUUGUGAAGAUGUGGCUGUGGGUUGCAGCAACUACGGUUGGCUUUGUCAUCGUGGUCAAGGUCGUGUACACUUUGCGCUCUGGAAAAUGUCGGUCCGAAGUCAAACUCGUCGGCAAAACUGUCAUCGUUACGGGCGCCUCUGCAGGCAUUGGCAAGGAGACAGCAAGGGACUUGGCUGAAAGAGGAGCCCGUGUUAUACUUGCUUGCAGGAAUCUUGAGAAAGCACAGAAGGUUGCAGAUGAGAUCAUCAAUACCACAGGCAAUGGGCAGGUGGUGGUACGUGAACUUGACACAUCAGACCUCAAAUCCGUCAGGAAAUUUGCAAGGGAGAUUCUUGCUACAGAAAAGCAACUAGACAUCCUGGUAAACAAUGCAGGAAUGUCUGGUCCAACCACAAAAAAAAUUACAAGUGAUGGUUUGGAGUUAACACUGGCAACCAACCAUUUUGGUCAUUUCUUGUUAACCAAUUUGUUAUUAGGACUGCUCAAAUCUAGUAGUCCCAGUCGCGUAAUUAAUGUGAGCUCAGCUGCUCACUAUUUUUGCAAGGAAUUAAACUUCGAUAUCAACUUUGAGAAGAAGCCAUACCCUGGUUCACUCUAUGUCUAUAGCCAAUCCAAACUGGCCAACGUCCUUUUCACCCUAGAGUUGUCUGAAAAAAUGAAGGGCACAGGUGUUACUACAAAUUGUCUUCAUCCUGGCGUUGUUAACACAGAAAUCAUACUGAAGGAAAAUAAGAAAUUCCUUAACUACAUUUUUGCAUUCUUUUUCUGGAGUAUGGGCAAGGAUGAGAAGUUAGGAGCACAGACAACCAUUCACCUUGCAGUGGCAGAAGAAGUUGCAAAUGUGUCAGGAAUGUAUUAUACAGAUUGUAAGAUCACCAAGCCCUCAAAUUUAGCCACUGAUAAAGGAUUAGCCAAGAAGCUGUGGGAGGUCAGUGAAGAUUUGGUUGGACUCUCCCAGGAAGAGAACUACAAAUGAGAACUGAAUCAUUCUGCAGGAAAUAUUGCAUCAAUACUUUCUAAUAAUGUCUGUCACAUUGCAAUAUGUUACAGAUGUGUUAUAGAUUCUCCUUCCAGCUAGUAGAGGAAUUUUCCUAAGGGUCUAUUGAUUCUGCAUUUUAAGAGGAUAUCUUGAAAAUGCUGUAUUAUUAACUAUAACAGGAUUCUGAUUCUACUGUUAAUAAAGGAAAAAUAAUUUUAAAAAUCCCUGUAGCAAAUACUUGUACAUAUUGUUGCUAGGAACCGGUAGUAAAAACAAGGACCAUAA